GGGUCUUCCAAUAUCAAUAGGUUGAUUGUUUCGCUCCUGUAUCUUCCAAAAGGGAAAAAGAUCUCUGAGAGUUGUUUCACGGAUCCGAAAGAGAGUACUUGGGUUCUCCCAAUAACUAAAAAGUGUAUCAUGCCUGAAUCUAACUGGGGUUCGCGGUGGUGGAGGAACCGGAUCGGAAAAAAGAGGGAUUCUAGUUGUAAGAUAGCUAAUGAAACCGUAGCUGGAAUUGAGAUCUCAUUCAAAGAGAAAGAUAUCAAAUAUCUGGAGUUUCUUUUUGUAUCCUAUACGGAUGAUCCGAUCCGCAAGGACCAUGAUUGGGAAUUGUUUGAUCGUCUUUCUCCGAGGAAGAAGCGAAACAUAAUCAACUUGAAUUCGGGACAGCUAUUCGAAAUCUUAGCGAAACACUGGAUUUGUUAUCUCAUGUCUGCUUUUCGUGAAAAAAGACCAAUUGAAGUGGAGGGUUUCUUCAAACAACAAGGAGCUGAGUCAACUAUUCAAUCAAAUGAUAUUGAGCACGUUUCCCGUCUCUUCUCGAGAAAGAAGUGGGGUAUUUCUUUGCAAAAUUGUGCUCAAUUUCAUAUGUGGCAAUUCCGUCAAGAUCUCUUCGUUAGUUGGGGGAAGAAUCCGCACGAAUCGGAUUUUUUGAGGAACGUAUCCAGAGAGAAUUGGAUUUGGUUAGACAAUGUGUGGUUGGUAAGCAAGGAUCGGUUUUUUAGCAAGGUACGGAAUGUAUCGUCAAAUAUUCAAUAUGAUUCCACAAGAUCUAUUUUCGUUCAAGUAAGGGAUUCUAGCCAAUUGAAAGGAUCUUCUGAUCAAUCCAGAGAUCGUUUCGAUUCCAUUAGUAAUGAGGAUUCGGAAUAUCACACAUUGAUCAAUCAAAGAGAGAUUCAACAACUAAAAGAAAGAUCGAUUCUUUGGGAUCCUUCCUUUCUUCAAACGGAACGAACAGAGAUAGAAUCAGACCGAUUCCCGAAAUGCCUUUCUGGAUAUUCCUCAAUGUCCCGGCUAUUCACGGAACGUGAGAAGCAGAUGAAUAAUCAUCUGCUUCCGGAAGAAAUCGAAGAAUUUCUUGGGAAUCCUACAAGAUCAAUUCGUUCUUUUUUCUCUGACAGAUGGUCAGAACUUCAUCUGGGUUCGAAUCCUACUGAGAGGUCCACUAGAGAUCAGAAAUUGUUGAAGAAAGAACAAGAUGUUUCUUUUGUCCCUUCCAGGCGAUCGGAAAAUAAAGAAAUGGUUGAUAUAUUCAAGAUAAUUACGUAUUUACAAAAUACCGUCUCAAUUCAUCCUAUUUCAUCAGAUCCGGGGUGUGAUAUGGUUCCGAAGGAUGAACCGGAUAUGGACAGUUCCAAUAAGAUUUCAUUCUUGAACAAAAAUCCAUUUUUUGAUUUAUUUCAUCUAUUCCAUGACCGGAACAGGGGGGGAUAUACGUUACACCACGAUUUUGAAUCAGAAGAGAGAUUUCAAGAAAUGGCGGAUCUAUUCACUCUAUCAAUAACCGAGCCGGAUCUGGUGUAUCAUAAGGGAUUUGCCUUUUCUAUUGAUUCCUACGGAUUGGAUCCAAAAAAAUUCUUGAAUGAGGUAUUCAACUCCAGGGAUGAAUCGAAAAAGAAAUCUUUAUUGGUUCUACCUCCUAUUUUUUAUGAAGAGAAUGAAUCUUUUUAUCGAAGGAUCAGAAAAAAAUCGGCCCGGAUCUCCUGCGGGAAUGAUUUGGAAGGUCCAAAACCAAAAAGAGUGGUAUUUGCUAGCAACAACAUAAUGGAGGCAGUCAAUCAAUAUAGAUUGAUCCGAAAUCUGAUUCAAAUCCAAUAUAGCACCUAUGGAUACAUAAGAAAUGUAUCGAAUCGAUUCUUUUUAAUGAAUAGAUCCGAUCGCAACUUCGAAUAUGGAAUUCAAAGGGAUCAAAUAGGAACUGAUACUCUGAAUCAUAGAACUAUAAUGAAAUAUACGAUCAACCAACAUUUCUCGAAUUUGAAAAAGAGUCAGAAGAAAUGGUUUGAUCCUCUUAUUUCUCGAACCGAGAGAUCCAUGAAUCGGGAUCCUGAUGCAUAUAGAUACAAAUGGUCCAAUGGGAGCAAGAAUUUCCAGGAACAUUUGGAACAUUUCGUUUCUGAGCAGAAGAGCCGUUUUCAAGUAGUCUUCGAUCGAUUACGUAUUAAUCAAUAUUCGAUUGAUUGGUCCGAGGUUAUCGACAAAGAAGAUUUGUCUAAGUCACUUCUCUUUUUGUCUAAGUCACUUCCCUUUUUCUUUGUGAGUUUCGGGAAUAUCCCCAUUCAUAGGUCCGAGAUCCACAUCUAUGAAUUGAAAGGUCCGAAUGAUCAACUCUGCAAUCAGUUGUUAGAAUCAAUAGGUCUUCAAAUCGUUCAUUUGAAUAAAUUGAAACCCUUCUUAUUGGCUGAUCAUGAUACUUCCCAAAAAUCGAAAUUCUUGAUCAAUGGAGGAACAAUAUCACCAUUUUUGUUCAAUAAGAUACCAAAGUGGAUGAUUGACUCAUUCCAUACUA